AAGAAAUCGCAGAUCCGAGUUGCCUGCGAGGCAUCUGAGGGCCAGGAGGUGUGGCUGGGUGGUUGGGGCUCCAGGGACAGAGCUUUCCGGUGGGGCUGUGGAGGCAGCAGGCUCAGCGGCCCAGUGAGGAGGAAGCUGCGUGCAGACGCCUCCGAGCAGGCCCUGCGGAAGCCACAGGCCUGGAGGAAGUGAGCAGCGUGGCCCCUCCAGCCCCCCACAGCUAGGAACUUAACUUUUAUUUGGAAGCCAGUGAUCACGAGCUACAGCUUCAUUCCCUGGUGUGAAGGAGGCAGCCAGGGCCAGCAAGGGAGAAAUGGAGUCAGAGUCCUUAUACAACCUGCUGCAGCUCCCUAAGGUGACGGGCCCGCCGACGGAGGAGGAACUCCCACAAGGAGAAAAAAAGAAAUACCUGCCCCCCACUUCCCGGCAGGAUCCCAAAUUUGAAGAACUGCAAAAGGUGCUAAUGGAGUGGAUCAAUGCCAAGCUCCUCCCUGAGCACAUUGUGGUCCGCAGCCUGGAGGAGGACAUAUUUGAUGGGCUCAUCCUGCACCACCUUUUCCAGAUUCUGACCGGGCUCAAGCUGGAAGUGGAGGAGAUGGCUCUCACUGCCCCGAGCCAAAGGCGCAAGCUCGAGGUGGUCCUGGAGGCCAUCGACCACAGUCUGCAGGUGGAGGAGCAGCAGCUCAAGUGGAGCGUGGGAACCAUCUUCAGCAAGGACCUGCUGGCCACCUUGCAUCUGCUCGUGGCCCUGGCCAACCACUUCCAGCCCGAUCUGCCCCUUCCGACCAACGUCCAGGUGGAGGUGAUCACCAUGGAGAGCACCAAAAAUGGUCUGAAGUCAGAGAAAUCAGUGGAACAACUCACUCAGUGCAGCACAGACAAGGACCAACCUGCAAAGGACAUCUUUGAUGAAUUAUUUAGGCUGGCUCCGGAGAAAGUGAACACGGUGAAAGAGGCCAUUGUGAACUUCGUCAACCAGAAUCUGGACCGCCUGGGCCUGUCUGUGCAGAACCUGGACACCCAGUUUGCAGACGGGGUCUUCUUACUCUUGCUGAUUGGACAACUGGAAGGCUUCUUCCUGCACUUGAAGGAAUUCUACCUCACUCCCACCUCUCCUGCGGAAAUGCUGCACAACGUCACCCGUGCCCUGGAGCUGCUGAAGGACGAAGGUCUGCUCGACUACCCCAUCAACCCCGAAGACAUUGUGAACAAGGACGCCAAGAGCACGCUGCGCGUCCUCUACAGCUUGUUUCGAAAGCACAAGCUGCAAGAAAGCACAGAUAGCAUGCCCCGUGGAUCCCCCAAUUAGCAGUCACUGCCCCAGAAGCUGCUUCCCGGAGCCUGCCUGCCUGCAGCAGCCGCGGGAAGACCCAAGGGCCCCAGAGGGACCUGCCCCACCGCACAGCCCGUGCCCCCCGUUUCCUGUGUGUCUGCGGUGUGCCGGCCCUGCCCCCACCCCCAUUCCCGUGUCCAAGUAUCUUUGAAUUCAGCAGGCAUGCAUGGA